UAAAAGAGACAAGUAGCUGAUAUCGAGCAGUUCUAAGUGAAACAUCGUUCAUAUAUUUAUUAAUAUAACAGUAGUGCAUGUCAAUUUAUUCAACGGAUGUUGCCAUUAUUCACUUCGACAACUUGAACUUUCGAAAGUUUGCCUUAAGUAAAGCUUAAGCUGUUGUCGAUUCAAACAAACAUCACGAAAGGAAGUUCAAGGACUGAACAGUGCCAGUGGGUGACUUGAGAUGACUUGACAUCCUCGACAGUCGUAUCACCAUACAACUUAUGAUUCACUUACUGGGAGAAUGAAGACGACAAAUUCUAUCAUCCUUAUACUUUUAUUCAUUGCUAUUCGAUUGAUCCAUUCUAACGAAGGGAGAAAGUCCCUGGAAGUUACUAGAAAGCUAAAAAAUAAGACAUACGUCAAGAGACAGAAAGUGAAUAUUUCUUGCACCGUGGAUGGCGCCACUAAUUAUUCUUGGUAUAAAGAUGGCAAUUAUAUAAAGAGCGGUAAAAAUAUGGUGAUAAAACAAUUCAGCAAAGAAUUUGUUGGUACCUACAAGUGCAAGGGAAGAGAUUCGUACGGAAAUUCUGGCAGAACUAAAGCUAAAUUGGAUUUGGUUUCUCCAUGCAAACGACCACACGCAAGUUCAAAAACAACGUGUUUUGAUGCACUUGACCAGUACAGUUGCAGGAACCGCACAACUAUUGCACCGAGUGCCGAGAACAUGAAACUCGAGAUAGAAGUUGCAUGGGGCCAGCCAUGGCUUCUUAUUUAUGUCACAGUAACGUGGGAUGUGCCCACAAAAGAAGCAGAUCGCAUUUGGGGUUGGCAGAUAAGAAUAAUUGACACCAGCGGUCAACCACACAAUAAUAGAUCCAGUCUUGGCGAACAAAGGUGCUAUCAAGUUAACGUUGGGACAAAAGGAAAUAUGCUUACACUGAUGCAAGUUCGAUCAUUAAAGAACGUCAUGCAUUCUCAGUAUCCUAUCAGACCAGUUACAACGUUUGGGUGUCCAGUCUCCCGAGAAGCAUCACUGCAGUUAAAAAAUCUAUUAAAACUCCAAGUUUUUGCGACACAACUGACAAUAAAGCUUGUUGCGAAUCGUAUGUAAAUACAAGUCUUGUCGUGAGUGACAACGGAACAAUGUUGAAUUGGACGACCUAUUAUCCUGUAAGUUUGAAUGUCGGUAUUGAAGGUUUCCAGAUCACAUGGUUUAGUGGACGAGAUGGUGGUGCAAGUAACUGCGAUUAUAAGAAAGUCGUACUGGAUUCAAUGCAGUCCAAUUACACAAUUCAAGGUCUGCAAUCAUCUGGCUGUAGGAAUUACACGAUUAUGUUGGAAGUGAUAUUUAAGAGUGACACGUAUCCUGGGUGUACUGAAUCAAAACCCGAAAUAUUAUUUUUUAUUUCACCUCCAGAUCCAGACGUUACCAGCAUUACACCACCAAUUCAUAUUGCCAAAUCAUCAUCUUCUGGGGCAAUGGCAACAGCAGGCUUUGCAGUAGCUGCUAUUCUUGGAGGAAUUGUUAUUGUAGGAUUGAUGUUUCUUUGGAUGAGACGGAAAAAACCCAAACCUAGCAUGGAGGCACUAGGAGUGGAGAAUGGCCAGAUUCAAGACUACCAGAUAACUUCAUCGAGCUUUUGCGAAGGAUUACCACCACAAGAGGGAAGACUGCACGGUGAUGCCUGCUGGUCUGCUAGUGGGAAUGACAAGAAUCAAUGGAUUCAAAUCGACCUUUCCAGAGAUAAAGAUAUUACAGCAAUUGCCACUCAAGGUCGAAAGGAUGCUGACGAAUGGGUGAAAUCAUAUAUUGUCUCCUAUAGCACAGAUGGUAAAGAAUUCCAGUGCUACCAAGAUGAUGGCGUUUGGAAGUUGUUCGAAGGUAAUACUGACAAGAACACCGUCCAAAAGAAUGAUUUAUCUUCACCAAUAACUGCACGUUUCAUUCGCAUUCAUCCUCAAUCAUGGUUCGAUCACAUAUCCAUGAGAAUUGAACUUUAUGGACUAAAUGGCUCUUCCCAAAAAGGCGUGAAAGUUUUAAUUCUGAAUCCACAUCAUUGUAAUCUAUGUACUGGGGUCGUCCACGCAUUGGGAACACUAUUGAUUAAAACGGGUCACAUUCGCUGUGCAGUUGACAUAUUUACCCCGGUGAGAGAUAUGUGCAAUGGCCUGACAAGUUGGACACAAGACAUGAUUUUAAAUAGUGAUUAUGUUAUAAUCCCAUGGUUGUGCAAAGUUAACCCUCCCAGGCAAGAUAACACAGUUAACGAUAUAAAAAGUCUUAUUUUUGGUGCAUCUUUGAAAAUUGUUGAAGCAGAACUGGUGACGCAAAAUAGAAGGAAUAAAUUCAUUCCUGUGUGUCUCGAUGAUUACUUAUUAGAAGAUCUUCCACCAAAUCUCAUGCUUCUGCCCACAUACAACAUCCCAUCCGAGAUAGAUGAUUUGGUGAUAAAUUUGUUGGGGAAAACAAAACAGCGACCGGAUACAAAAUGGCCAAUUGUGGAAUUUGAAGACAAAGAUUAUCGUGUUGCAAGAAGCAAUCUACAAGAAGCUGUAAAUAAAAGAAAAAAGGACCACCCCCAUCUCUAAAUAAAUUAGUUUCAGAUACGUCGUACAUAAAUCAGGCUAAUAGUGGUUUAAAACAUACAAGAUAAUAUGGCAAAAAAGUUGCGAGAUAACAUAGUCGUGCACAGAAAUAUUAAGAAAAACACAAAAGAAAACCCAGCAUACAAUUCUGCAGGUUAAUUAUAAUUUAUCAUGGGACCCCAACUGGGUAUAUAUAUUCGGCGAGAACACAAGAUUGCAACGCAACCUUAUACAUACAUGAACGUUAUGUAGAAUACAUGCUAGCAUGCAUGUACAGCAAGAAUGCAUUGCACAAAUUGUCACUGGUAUAUUGCAUGUUUAAAGUAACGGUUUCAUUAUUGUAGAACAGGAUGAAACUUAGUAGAGCAACUGUGUUGAACAUUGAAAACUAUACUAUUACAUAACACAUGCAUGCAUGAAAGUCGAAUCGUUAUCGAAAAACACGAAUGCAUGCAUAAAAUAUCAUAUAAUUAUACGCAUGGAAAUAUACAGCAGGUAUAGUAGUGUGGAAAACAAACUCUGGAGCAUAACUAAAUCGUAGGACACAACACAGCAUAGAAAACUGUUGUAAGACUCACGAUAACGCGGAAGCACAGCUAUAUAUUGUAUAAGUAUUGUACAGGAAGCAUGAAAGGGAAAAAAUAUUUAGCAGCAUUGUAAAAAAACAAGAUACCACGUAAUAUAAUCCAUACAAAAUUCCACGUUUUA